GCCAUGUCUCGUUUAGAAGCUAAGAAGCCAUCACUGUGUACAGGUGAGCCACUGGCGCACGAGCAGGUCAGGGCCGCUCUGUCUGUCCUGAAGGGCAUCACAGCAUCAUGCUACGGCCCUUCGGGGAGGCUGAAGCAGGUGCACAACGGCCACGGAGGCUACAUGUGCACAAGCUCCCAGUCCUCGGCCCUGCUCGGCCACCUGGCCGUCACUCACCCCCUGCUAAAGAUCCUGAGGACCGCUGUGCAGAAUCAGGCAGCCUGCUUCGGGGACUGCGGCCUGUUCACAGCCAUCCUCAGCUGCAGCCUGAUUGAGAGCGAUCAGCGGCUGGGCUUGACCCCUGCCACUGUUGUUAAGGUAAAUAAAUGCCUGCUGAGUCUCUGCACCAAUUACCUCCGGUCGGAGGCCUGCCGCUGCCGCAUCCCGGUAGACUUCAGUCGCAGCCAGAUCCUGCUGUGCUUGGUGCGCAGUGUACUAACAAGCAAGCCUGCCUGUAUGCUCACCAGAAAGGAAAUAGAACACAUCAGCUCUGUGAUUCUGAGAGCCUUUUUGCUCAUGAUUCCAGAAACUGCUGAAGACCACCUCGUGUUAGGAAAGGCCAUAAUUGUGCCUUUGAAAGGCCACAGCGUAAUGGAUUCUGUUGUGUUACCCGGAAUACUCAUCGAAAUGUCAGAAGUCCAGUUCAGGAGAAUCUUGCCUUUCAAAAAAUCAAGUGUCCUGAAAGUGGCUCUUUUUGGCAUGUCUUUAUCUGGAGAUUUUUCUGACACUGGAAAAGGAACCGUGACGGUCAGUCAGGGGGUCUCUCUUGAACAGGCAGUCCUGGACCAGUUGCUUAGGCUAGGAAGGCAGCUGGUCUGUGACCAUGUGGAUCUUGUGCUGUGCCAAAAAGUCGUUCACCCGUCUCUGAAACAGCUUCUCAGUUCACAUCGCAUCAUUGUCAUAGACAGGCUUGGAGUGACUCUCAUGGAACCCCUGAGGAUGGUGACAGGAACACAGCCUAUUGGUUCCCUAGGCCACGUGUCCCUCAGUAGUUACGGAAGUGUGAAAAAUGUGUGCCCUGCUCAGUUUGGCUCCAAGCAUUUUCUUCACCUUAUUCCUGAUGAAGCGACCGUCUGCAGCUUGCUUCUCGGCAACAGGAAUGACAGUGCCUGGGAUGAGUUGAAGCUCACGUGUCAGUCAGCACUGCAUGUCCUGCAGCUGACGCUCAAGGAGCCUUGGGUUUUGCUAGGAGGCGGCUGUACUGAAACUCACCUGGCUGCAUAUAUCAGACACGAGGUUCAUAAGGAGCCAGCUGGCAUCCUCAGCGACGAGGGGGGUACUCGGACUGAGCUGGAGCUAGUCGCGGAAGCCUUCUGCAGAGCCCUCGAGGCUCUCGCCAGCUCCCUGGAACACGACGGAGGUGGAACUCUCACGGAUACCAGGCAUGGACACUGCUGGUCGGUUCAGGCAGAUCCUCCCUCCGGGGUCGGCUGGACCGAGCUGCUCUCCCGCUGCGGCUGUGGGUUACUCAGCAGCCAGGAAGGACUCAGCUGGGCUUAUUUAGGAAGUGCAUGUCCUCCGUUUGCACCCCACGCCUGCCUCCCACCUACAGCUCCAGAUUCUGCCAGCAGCCUGACCGUGGAUUGUUUGACUGCUAAGCUGGGUGGUCUACAGGUGGCUGUAGAGACAGCCAAUUUGAUUUUGGACCUUUCUUAUGUCAUUGAAGAUAAAAACUGAUAAGAGAAGGGCGUGUUGUUAUUAUGGAACCAAGUCACUAGGUAUCCUUUAAGAAAAUAGUUACAUGCAAUUGUUUCCUCCCAGUGUUUGUCUAUUUGGACAGAUGAUUCCGAAAAUUAUAGACUUAUUUAAGGAACAGAAGGCAUGAUUCUGUAAUAGAAAAAUCACAGAAUAAACAUGUGAAUCAGCGUUAAUAAGAAUGUUGUACUGAUCUUAGUAAUUCCACCGUGAUGCUGUUCACUGUGCUAAAAUUUGGUUAUUGUUGCUUUGACAUCGUUCUAGGGACAUACAGAAAUAAAUUCUUCAUCCA